AUGGCGUCCAUCGUGCUGCUGCUGUCGGAGCUGCUAGGCGGGGAGAGCGCCAGCGUGCUGGCGGCCGAACGCUACAUGGGCGGCCAUCAGACCCUGCGGGAGCUCCGCCCCGCCGUGACCGGGCCGCCGGCGGCAGCGGCGGCCAACAAGCAGGACGAACAACGUCCGGAGGCCGCCGGCACCGCACGGUGCCAGGAGACGAGGAAUAAUGAGGAGUGGUUCGAGGAUCUGGCGGUGUCCAGGGUAGCCGUCGACCUCAUGUGGCCAUGA